AUGGAAAUGGAGCUGCCUGCGACACCUACACCCACGGACUCGCGGAACAUGCACGUGACCUUCCAGUCGCCCACGGCAGACAAGGCGCAACAGUCCUUGCGCAUGCAAGUGGUCGCACACAAUUUUAAGAAACGCGCGGCGUACGACUCCCCCAUGACGUCUCCGGACGGAUCUCUCUCGCCGUCUCUUCCGGUCGCCACGUGCAAUUUUGUCGCGCUUAGUCGCCACUUCCACUUGCCGCUUAAAGUUGCGGCCGAGCAGUUUGGCGUGCGCGCCACGGCCUUCAAGAAACGGUGUCGAGCUAUUGGCAUCCGUCACUGGCCGUACCGCAAAGUACGCAGUCUCAAGCGCUCCCUGCAGGAGCUCGAGCAGUGUCAGCAGCAGACCCAGGACGGCUCGGGUCCGCCGCUCUCGGACAAACAGCUGCGGCAGUUCGCAGGCUACCAGAGCCAGCUCAAGCGGCUCUUGUCGCCUGAGACUUAUGGCAUCGAUCCACAUGGACAGCUCCUUUCGAGCCACUUUUUCCACGGUGACACGGACGGCAGUAACGUCCUGGACGACCACGACUCGGACGAGGACUCGUGCGGGUCCCAAAGCCCACAGCCAGUCGUCGAGCACUUUGUGCAGAGUCGAAACAAAGCGACCAAGCACCUCUAUACGGACUCGCCGUCGUCGACGUCUGCCCCACUUUCUGACAAUCUGUUUGCUGGUGAGCCCAUGGCCAUGAACCCAGUAAGUGGUCACUAUGUCCGUGCACAGUACAACAGCCAGUUUAACGCUGGGGUGCUGUCGACGCAGUCGGGGCUCGUCUUUGACACGUUGUACGAUCCGUUUUGUGACCUCACCAGCGUGACAAUGGAUCCAUAUGGAGAGAACGACCAUCCCUCGUGCGGCUACUCUCUCGAUACGAUCUCGUACGACUUCUUUGCGCUACAACCAUCACCAACUAUGGCCAUGCGAAGAUCAGCUGCCAGUUCUCAGUUGACCGCGGGUGCAGGUUCGCUGAUGCCGGAGAAAGCAUCCACGGUAACUAUCGCUCCGCGUGGACUCGAGGGUCUUGACGACGACAUUUUCCGCCACAUCUCGCCCGAAUACGGUUGCCUCGUGUAA